CUAUUUUAAUUUGACCUGAAAACCUCACAGUGAGCGUCCAGCUUCUAGCCAAUCACGGAGUUGGCGCUCGCACAGUGAAAUUUGCAUGACAUUGUCCAUAAGACUACUGGCUCCUCCGUUUCGUCCUCAUUCGACCCCAACAUGCCCGAGCCAGCCAAGUCCGCCCCUAAGAAGGGCUCAAAGAAAGCCGUCACCAAAUCCACUGGAAAGCCCAACAAGAGGAGAAAGAAGGGAAGGAAAGAGAGCUACGCUAUCUACGUGUACAAGGUGCUGAAGCAGGUGCACCCCGACACCGGAAUCUCAUCCAAGGCCAUGAGCAUCAUGAACUCGUUCGUCAACGACGUCUUCGAGCGAAUCGCCUCCGAGGCUUCCCGCCUCGCUCACUACAACAAACGUUCGACCAUCUCAUCUCGGGAGAUACAGACCGCCGUGCGGCUCCUUCUACCGGGUGAACUGGCCAAACACGCCGUGUCUGAAGGCACAAAGGCGGUUACCAAGUACACCAGCUCCAAGUAGCUUAUCCCGGUAUCAACGUAUCCCAAAGGCUCUUUUAAGAGCCAGCCAAACCCUCAAGAGUCAGUCUUCCUAGCCACUAUUGAUGAAAGCUGUACGUUACAAUUAUACAAGCGA